CCGCAGAAGACCACACAGAUUGUGGGUUGUAGUACAAUACGGCCUUAGGUAUUGCGGACGACAUGGUCGUCGUAGGCUGUUGCCUGACAGCAGUCAGGGAAAUGACGUCUGGACCCCACCUGUUUGUCCUUCUUUUGAUUUCCAGUUAGGGUCUGCACGCAUCGUGUGCACGAAACAUUCAUCGUCGAUGCAUCAUCUGUUUGACCGCAGAAGUGCUAUCCACAUGGAUGACUCCAUAUAUUUUUCUAGGAUCUUCGAAACAUCAUUGCAAGUCGAUCGACGCACAGUUCAGAUUCUUGAAUUGUCAAGUCUCACUCUUUUGUGAAUCUUUUCCCUCAUGACAGUUCACGUGACCCUUUUGUACUGGAAAGUUCUGCAUUCAUUGAGUCGCGUAACUUCAUCACUUUAGGCAUCAUUUCUUGCGUCUUCGCUCCAACCAUGGCAUCCUUAAGACACGAAUUCUAUGAGACAGACGAAAAACUGACGAUCUCCAUCUUUGACCGAGGGGCUGAUCCUGCACAGGUAUCCCUUACGUUUGAGCCAAACAAGGUCAACUACGCAAAUGGCGAGAAGACGCUAUCCUUAGAGCCGUUGAAAGGACGGAUUGAUCCAGAGAGGUGCGAUUUCACGGUCGGUAAAGUCAAGGUCGAAAUUCGCCUUGUGAAAAUGACUCAAGGCCGCUGGGGAGGUAUCACUGGUGACGCUCCCGAUCCUCUCCAGACUGCCCCUAUUGGACCAACUACUUCUCCGGCAGUGGCUGAGGCAAGGGCUAAGCCCAAGAAGAACUGGGAGGAACUUACCACCAAAAUUCUCUCAUCUGAAAAGGAGGCGACUACAGAUGAGGACCCCAACGUUGGCGGUGACAGUACGGUCAACUCCUUCUUCCAAAAGAUCUUCGGAGAUGCAGAUGAUAACGCCAAACGCGCAAUGAUGAAAAGCUUCCAGGAGAGUGGAGGAACUACCCUUAGCACAAACUGGGAGGAAGUGAGCAAGGGUACCGUCGAAGUGAAGCCUCCGACAGGUAGUGAGUGGAAGAAGUGGAAUUGAACUUGAUCAUUGGCUUGUAUUGUCAGUUACUCCGCAUGUUAUCGACGCUUUCAAAGUGGAUCAAUAUUGUCUCGCAUCGAAAGUAUCAGGGUCUUGUUAGUAUGUCAUUUAAAAACGCAUAUCUCUAUCCUGUCAGAAGGAGUUUAAUGUGGCCUAUGG